CACUACUUUGCCUGCUGUGACAGUUUCUCUCUUCUGCAUUCACGUGAAGCAGAUUUUACAGACUUGAUAGUGAUUCAUAGAUCCCGUCGAGGUACUUAGUGUUCAUUAAUGAUAUGGAUUUGGCUGAAUAGAAAGACUCCUAUGAAUCAGGAUUAUAUUUACAAUGCCAGGAAGACACAUUGUCAUUUUAAUGCUUAUUCUGUGGCCAUUUGUUGGUAGAGGGGUUGGUGGGCAGACAGUGAGUGGAGUGUUACACGGUCGAGCAGAGCUGCACACCUGCCGUGCACACGAGCAAAAUGUGACACGAGUGGAAUGGAGUAAAUACAGAAAUUCAGCAUCAAAACGUCUUUUAUAUACAUUUGAAAAGCCAAACAUUACUGAGUGCAGAACCAACACAUGCACAAAUAUCUAUUUUGAUAUAAAGCAUUUGAGUCUUAUUGUGGCUAAUCUGACAGCAGAAGAUGAAGGAAUUUAUGAGGAGAAAACAUUCGUACACAAUAGAGACACGGAGCCCUGUAACAUCAACUUAUCUGUGCUGUCUGUUUUAAAGAUAGCUGUGUCCACUUCUCGCUGCCCUCUGACCCUGAGGUGUGAGGUGAGAGGAGAUUUUCUGGACCUGCGUUGGUUGCGGGACGGACUGCCACUGCCAGAGGACCAGAGAAUCUCCUUUAAUGAGAAAAACCGGACCAUGCGUGUGUCCUGCCUGAACGCCUCAGACUGGGGAACAUACACCUGUCAGGUUUCAAAUGCAGCUGGAACAUCAGAGGCACAUGUCAAUAUCACAUCAGAUGUAGGCACUGGAGAAAAAGAAAAUUACCUUAUACUGAUCCUGUACUGUAGUGGAGGAACACUUAUUGCCAUCUUAACUUUGUGCAUAAUUUUAUUCUACACCUGCAAAUGUGGCUGCUGUACAACAGGUCCAACUAAAAGACGAAGAGAUCAAAGAAGAACAGGUGAUAUCGCAAUGGAAGAGCGUGUAUAUGACGAGCCCAUAUUUCAGCAGCAGGAAGCCCCUGAUCCUCCGAGAGUGGACCUAUUGCCAUAUGUCUACACAGACUUCAUAAAGCUGAAAGUUCAGCAGGCUGUGAAUAAAGAGCAACCUUCUGAGGACUUUGGCUACUCCACCAUACCAGAACUUAAGAUGAAAAUACAGCCUCUUCAAACUCCCACAUGAGUCAGUAGAGCAACAGGUCUGCACUGUGUUCUAAUGCUGGACUGAUGCACCCAUGGUACUUGUAUUGUCUUAAGCAGUCUAGGUGUAGGUAGCGGUGUGUUCUGCAGUGACCUCAGCAUGACUUAUCAGAAUCUCAGCAGAUUUCCAGAGCUGUGUCUGUAAUGUAUUCUGUGAAUACUGUAUUUCAAGUGUAAGGAGGUUUAUGUAGCUUCUCUAGUUCACUGUUCCUCCAAUUUUGGUUCUGAGGCCCACCUGCUCUGCACAGCUUAAAUACCACAGUUCAACUCAUGCAGGGCUUGUGGUUUAUAAAUCUAGAGCUGUCCUUGCACUCAAGCAGGCACAUGGACUCCAGCUCAGUUCAGUGCAGUGAGUUAACUACUCUGGUACAGGUGGCACCAAGCCAAUACUCUGUGUUAGGCCAAAACCAUCAGAAAAUGCUGGAUUUGAAAAUGAACAAAUCUGAUGCAAUUCUAUUACAAAGCACAUAUCUGAUUAUUAUGCUAGAAUUACGCAAUUCCUUUUUAAAAUAUCAGUUUUAUACACAUUUGCCCUGAGAGUUCUGUUUAUUUUGUUGUUUUUGGUAAGAAAUUGAACUUAAUACAAAAAGCUGUGGGUUUUGUGUGUCACAUUAUUUUGUAUAGAUAUCUCUGGGCUAAAAUGCUUGGGUAGUUAAAGUAUGCACUAUACGUCCAAAAGUUUGUAGACACCUGCUUAACAACAAAUCUUCUGCAAUCAAGGGUAUGAAUAGGGUGUUUGCCCCCUCUUUGCUGCAUUAACAGGUUUUGCUCUUCUGAGAAGGCUUUACAUUAUAGACUGCUUUGAGCAUUUGAUUGCAUUCAACCUCAAGAGCAUCAAUGAGUUCAGGUACUGAUGUUGAACGAUUCAGUCUGGAUCCAACUCAUAACACAGGUGUUGGAUGGUGCUUAAUCACUUCAGAGAACUCAGUUUCACUACUCCACAGCCCAAUGCAGGGGAGUUUUAUUACCCCUCUAGCUUAUGUUUGGCAUUGGGCUUGGUGAUCUUUAUGUGCAACUACUUCAGAGAGCACCAUUUUGUUAGCGUUGCUUUUCAGUGUACAUUAUACAAGCUGAAUGUGUGCUAUUGGACUACUGUGCCAGCACUUAAAGGAGCUGAAUUCGCUAAUUUAGAUGGGGUGCCUGGAUCCAUUUGGACAUAUUGUGUAUUUGAAGAAGAAAAUUUUAUGUGAAAUUAAAAAUAGAUCAUUUUAAAGGUUAGUAGUAGUACUUUUUGACAUUACACCAAAACAUUUGUAUUCUGGUCGAUAAUUAUUUGCUAAUGAAUGAAUAGUUUUGGAAGUUAAAUUGAUUGAAUUGUUCAACCUUCUGAUAUCCUUUUUUUCUGUGAAAACUGCCAUCUUGCCAUCAACCACGUUUUUUUUUACCUCUCUUUUGACUAACAUCUGAUAUUUUCCUAAGCACAUAUCCCUGUUAACAGGUGGGUAGUGACAUUUGACAAAGUCUCUCUACAAAUUACCGCAUAUUUUGUAAAAUGACAAUCUUUUAAAGCAACAAAGACACAUCCUGCAUGUAACUUUGUCUGAUUCUCAGUGACAUAUUAAAAUAUAUAAUACUAUAAGAAA